AUGGACGAAAAGAGGGAUAAAGAAGACACCUCUGGUGUCAGACAACGUUCUACAGCCGAAAAUCAGGACACACCGACGGAAGUUGGGAACAACCAUAAUUAUAAUACUGUUAACAACUCUGGAAACAAUAAUGAUCAGUCCUGUAUCAACGAUGCCAAGGAUUCGGCCAGUAAGGCUGAAAGCAAUGCUUUAGCCGGUAAAGGCAAUUCGUUCCAAGAUCUUGAAGAAACUGAGUCUAACACUAAUACUGAGGACAAUGACCCGAUCAAAGACGCUGAAGGCAAUGAUUCGCCCAACAACACUGAAGGCAAUAAUUCGAGGAAUAACGCUGAAGGCAAUGAUUCGAGAAAUAACGCCAAAGACAAUGAUUCGACCAAAAACAACGAAGUGAGUGACCCAGUCAAAUAUCCUGAUAGGAGCUCAGCCAUCUUAGGGGCAGAUAGUCACAACGAAACCAAUGUGGCCAAGUUUGAGAAUGCGAAGAAACACCCAAAACGACAGCUUCGAUAUCGUAUCGUCAAAACCGGAUGCUUAGUCACAACAUGGAUUUGCAUUGGCUUGUUUACCGAAAUGUCCGGACCAACUUUUAAAGACCUUGAACUACGACUAAACCUUCCCAAAAAGGAAGCCACAGAGGCUGUAUCGAGGGCAACUUCCGGCAGAAGUUUGGGUUUUAUGGCAGGGGCUAUCAUUGGAGGUUUUUUGGUUGACCGUUUCAAGAGGAAGGGAGAUUUGUUCAUCGCCAUAUCUCUAUGCUGUGCUUCCCCCUUCACGGUAGCAGUACCGUGGAUGAGUUCGUUUGCCACCAUGUGGUUUAUGAUGUUUUGCCAAGGAACCUUCGAGGGGAUCAUCAACAUAGCUGGCCAAGAAAUCAUCUUACUGCUAUGGGGAGAGAAGUCCGCCGGUCCUAUGCAUCUUCUCCAUUUCGGGUUUGGAAUGGGAUCUUUUAUCAACCCUCUUAUUGCCCAGCCGUUUUUGGCUACGGAGAUCCCGACAAACGUCACAGAUUUGGGCCACACUUCGUCAUUCAACACAAGUAAUGUGACAACAGUGGAAACUUUAGUCGGAUCACGUAUAGAAUAUGCGUAUCUCAUUGCAGGUCUGGUUUCUGCGUCAUACUCGUCCACGUUUUUCUGGUUCCAGUACAAAGGUGUUCCCCACGGAGGGUACGUGGAGGAUUACUCUGGACCAAAACAGUCCACCAAGCCGGUUAAAACUGGAUGUAAGCAGUAUGUUAGCCUGAUUGAUCCGGCUACUUGUGCUGACGGCAAGCGAUUGGCGGGCUUUUCCAUUUUUGCGUUGCUCUUUAUCUACUUUUUCCAGGCCGCCGGCGGAGAAAGGAUUUACAGCAAGUUUAUCCGAAACUUCGCCCUGGACCAGUUGCAUUUCAGCAGCAGCGAGGCUACCUACCUCAACUCCAGCUUCUGGAUCAGCUUCAGUAUCGGACGGUUUCUUGGCUUCGUCGUUGCCAUAUGGGUACCUAUCCGCAUUCUGAUCAUGGUGGAAUGUUUUUCUGGUUUGGGUUUCGCUAUUUUGUUGAACAUUCUUGGACACAACAACAAACUGGCUGUAUGGGUCCUCACGCAGCCGAUGUCACUGUUCAUCGCGCCACUUUUCCCCAGCGGGGUGGCCUGGAGCGAUCAUUACCUGAAAAUGUCAGGGAUAGGUAUCACCAUCCUCAUCGCCGGGGGGUCCAUAGGAGGUGCUGCCUACAUCUGGAUUAUUGGCUACGUCUAUCCCAACUACGGCCCCCAGACAUUUCUCUACAUGGUUGCAGUAUACUCAGCGGCUGCUUGUGUCAGCGUCUCUCUGAUGUCCUUUGCCGGAUAUCUUCACGGAGACAGGUUCCAGAAACAACGUAUGGAGGUAGAUAUAGAACUCGAGAAAGACGACAACAAAACUAUUACUUACAAAACCUCUGUGCCGCUAGAAAAUCUCUAA